CUAAAACUUGUUGGCGACUCUUUCACUCUAGCUUCCUUUCCUUUGGACAGUGGCGGAUUUACACGUGUGUACACUGAGUCACGUGACUCAGCAGUGCCAAAAAAAAAAUAAAAAAAAAAAGGAAAAAAAAACAAAAAACAAGAGAAAACGGCCAAAAGGCCCAAAACGCGUGAAAUUAAAACGAAAACCUCAGAACCCUAACUCCCUCUCUCAAAUCAGCCGCUACAGCGCUACUUGCCUUCUUCGUCGGCGACAGCAACCACGCCGGAGGCCACUCAGUCAGUCGUUCGACGCUCGACGCUAACAAGUAACAACUCGAGGCCUCGACUCUCGAGUCCCUACUCGGCUACUCCCUCGACUUCAAAGUUCUAAAGCCCAACUCGACUGGCCGACUGCUGUCCUUCAAGGCUUCAACUUGACCGCCGCGCCGCCACCGAGCAGUCGUCAGUCGAGCACGGAGCACCGACUCACCGAGCCACCGUCAAUUGAGCUUUGAGCAAGCAGCCAAGCAGUGAAGCAGCAAGGUGAUCAAUUAUUCAGGGUGACUCACAAGUUUAGAAAUCCUGGAUCCGCCACUGCCUUUGGACGUCUCCAUGCUUAAGUGUAUGAUCACAGUGGGGUUGAAGUUUGGGGUAAUGCUUGAAAUAUUCUCUACAAUUGGGGAGGGAUCCGAAAGAGAAGUCUAAGUACAAGAAUUAAUUGAAGCAUUGGAGUAUUAGCAUAAAAAAAAAAAAAAGCACACAGCCAAAUCAUUAGGGCAAGUGGAGAGAUGGGAACUCGAGAAGUGUAUGAGGAGAAGCUUCGAACUGGAAAUGCGUAUCACCAUGCUCCCACCAUCAAUCCUGGCCUUGGCACCCCACGUUGCCCCCGUUGUCUCUCGCUCCUCGACUCUGAUUCUAGGAGUGGUGAAUGGACAAUUACUCCUGUGUUGCAUGACGCUACAACUGUGGCCGGCUGUGGGAUUGGAGGAAUGCUAAGUGCUACUCAUGUUUUCAACACUGGUAUACCUUUCGUCCAGAAGUAUGUUAAUGGACCCAAAUGGCUUCCAUUUGUUGUUGGGCUUCCACCCUUACUUUUGUCUUCAGCUGCAUGUGCUGCCUUUGGUGGUUAUGCUCUUCCUAAAUUUACCCAGCUUACCGUGACAUCAUAUUAUGCUGCUUCAAGUGCUUCACAUUAUGGGAUAUCUCUACUCACUAGACAAAUUGAAGAGGCACAUAUGUCAACCUCUCAGCAAGAGAAACUCUGAUGAUGAUGAUGAUGAUGCGUGUAAGAUGACUUACGUGACACAGCUGCUGCUUUGCUUGUACCAGGUUAAUGUUUAUGGCCACUUCCUGUAAUGCAUUUAUCUAGAAUAUUCAAUUCUGGAUUUUUCGUUAGUUCCCCUCUCCCCUCCCCCCUCUUUUAAAGUAUGACUUCCACCUUUUUUGAAUUUAGUUGUCACAUUACUAUUAGGAAUACGUCCAACCUUUUUAUCUAUAUAUUGUUAGGAAUAGUGAAUUAUACUUGAAUUUUAAGGCAGUUUUAGCCGAGUUAUAUGUAUAGUUGAAGAUAUUUAAAUCUUUCAUAAUAGAUAGAGACAUUUGAUUGAUCUGACA